AUGGAUAAGGCCGGCGGUUUCCAAGAGGCUCGAUACCUUGAAUUCGUACGCUCCUCCUCGCCUACAGGCGUCGACAACAAGCCAAAGCUAAACCGUUAUUCAACACACUUGACCCGCGAACAUGACUUUCCAGGAGCACAAGCCAUGCUCUUCGCGGCAGGUGUGCCAGAUCGUCUUGCAAUGCAGACUGCUCCGCAUGUAGGCAUUGCAAGUGUCUGGUGGGAAGGAAACCCUUGUAAUAUGCAUCUGCUAGAUCUAGCGAAGGAGGUGAAGAAGGCGGUCCAGUCCCGCGAUAUGCUCGCAUGGCAGUACAACACAGUCGGUGUGAGUGAUGCCAUCACAAUGGGCAAUCAAGGCAUGCGAUUCAGCCUUCAGACGAGAGAGAUCAUAGCCGACUCGAUCGAAACUGUCACUUGUGCUGAGGCUCAUGACGCAAACAUCACGAUCCCUGGCUGUGACAAAAACAUGCCGGGCUGCAUAAUGGGGAUGGCGAGACACAAUCGACCGAGUCUCAUGAUCUACGGAGGUACAAUCGAUAAAGGCUAUAGCAAGACACUCCGAAGACCGAUCAAUGUGGCAACAUGCUACGAAGCAUUUGGUGCUUAUACUUAUAACACAUUGCGCCAACCUGAUGACGGUGGUGAUACCUCCAAGACCAAAGACGAGAUCAUGGAGGACUUGGAGAGGAAUGCGUGUCCUGGUGCCGGUGCCUGUGGAGGCAUGUAUACUGCGAACACGAUGGCCACUGCAAUUGAGUCGAUGGGCUUGAGCUUACCUGGCUCAAGCUCAACACCGGCGACAUCACCGGCAAAGAUGAGAGAAUGCGCGAAGGCUGCAGAAGCGAUCAAAACAUGCCUUGAACUCGACAUCACUCCGAAGAAGCUCAUUACCAAGCGUUCUUUCGAGAACGCUCUUGUCAUCACCAUGGCUUUGGGUGGAAGCACGAAUGCAGUGCUGCAUUUCCUCGCCAUGGCUGUCACAGCUGGAGUUGAACUUACGCUGGAUGAUUUCCAGAGAGUCAGCGACAAGAUACCAUUCAUUGCGGACCUUGCACCAUCUGGAAAAUAUGCAAUGGCUGAUUUGUAUGAAAUCGGAGGAAUUCCCAGUGUGCAGAAAUUCUUGAUCGCAGCUGGAUUACUGGAUGGCGAUAUCCCGACAGUGACUGGAAAGACUUUGGCGGAAAACGUUGCAAGUUGGCCCAGUCUGCCUGCUGACCAGGUCAUCAUCAAGAGUCUCGAAUCUCCGAUCAAGAAAUCAGGUCACAUUCAGAUCCUCAAAGGUAACUUUGCGCCUGCAGGUGCCGUGGCAAAGAUCACCGGAAAGGAAGGACUCAAGUUUGUGGGCAAGGCCAGAACCUUUGACAAGGAAGUCCAGCUCAACGAAGCAUUGAAUCGUGGCGAGAUCCCAGCGGGAGAGAACUUGGUGCUUAUCGUGCGGUAUGAAGGGCCAAAGGGUGGGCCUGGUAUGCCAGAGCAACUGAAAGCUAGUGCUGCCAUCAUGGGCGCGAAGCUUACCAAUGUCGCAUUGGUCACAGACGGACGGUACUCUGGGGCCAGCCAUGGUUUCAUUGUGGGACAUGUUACUCCGGAAGCCGCGGUGGGUGGCCCCAUCGCCUUGGUCGAGGACGGAGACGAGAUCACUAUCGACGCAGAGACAAACUCGAUCAGCAUGGCUGUGAGCGAUGAGGAACUCGAGAAGAGAAGGCAGAAAUGGACGCCCCCACGAAUGGUUGUGACCAGGGGUGUAUUGGCAAAAUAUGCUGCUCUCGUCAGUGAUGCGAGUCAUGGAGCUGUGACGGAUUUGUUUUGA